UCCCUUCCCUCUCCUUUCUGUCUUCCCUUUCUGCGUUUGAAUGGAGAGGCUGGAUUCUCUGGAACCUGCACACCCCUCGCUGGGUGCAGGGCUCAUUGCUGGGGUUUCUGUUGCUAAGGCAGCAGGGGUUGAAACAGAUGAGGCAGUGGUAGCAGUCAGCUCCAAACUGUUUUGGUGUACGUGCGUGAGACAAUGGCUACCACUAGGCUACAGAGAAGAACUUUACCAAGUCUUACGGCUUACAGGCCCAUUGCUGCUGUCUCGGAUUCUGAACUUCCUGAUACCAUUUGUUAUCAGCAUAUUCUGUGGUCACAUUGGCAACGCAGAACUGGCUGGAUAUGCACUGGCCUCAGCGCUCAUUAACGUGACCACACUUGCAACAGGUUAUGGUCUUGGUGUGGCUUGUGAUACACUGAUUUCCCAGACGUUUGGCAGUAAGAACUUGAAACGUGUGGGAGUCAUUUUACAAAGGAGUUCGUUGAUCCUGCUUCUGUUUUGUCUGCCCUGCUGGGCUGUUCUCAUCAACUCUCACAGCUUACUGCUCAUGAUGCACCAAGAGGACGAGGUGGUGAGAAUUGCCCAGAUCUAUGUGAUGAUAUUUCUACCAGCUGUUCCAGCCAUAUUCCUGCACCAUCUACAAACUUCCUACCUACAAAACCAGGGGAUAAUUCUUCCACAGAUGUACACAGCUGCAGUAGCAAAUCUUUUUAACUUGGGGUACAACUAUGGCUUAAUCUUCAGCCUCAAGCUGGGUGUCGUUGGAUCAGCAAUAGCUAAUAGUCUCUCCCAGAUUACCAUUUGCCUGCUGCUGUAUGGCUACAUCAGAUGGAAGAAGCUCCACCAGCAGACAUGGGGAGGCUGGUCCACCGAGUGUUUGCAGGAAUGGGGCUCCUAUAUGAGGCUGGCUAUUCCCAGUGCCUUAAUGAUUUGCUUUGAAUGGUGGAUCUGGGAUAUUGGAGGUUUCCUUUCUGGUAUACUUGGUGAGGUGGAGCUUGCUGCCCAGCAUGUGAUGUUGGAAAUAGGAGCCAUAACAUAUAUGUUCCCUCUAGGUAUCUAUGCAGCUACCUGUGUGCGUGUUGGGAAUGCUUUGGGAGCUGCCGACACUACCAGGGCCUUAAUCACCUGCAAAGUAGCGCUGGUUCUAUCAGGAGUUCUUGCUGUGCUCCAGGGUAUUGUCAUCGCUAGCUCUAAGUCUGUUAUUGGCUACAUAUUUACCACUGAUGAAAAUAUUGUGGAGAUGGUGUCAGGCAGCCUCACUGUCUACACUUUCCUACAAUUCUUUGAUGCUAUUCUGUGUGCCUGCUUAGGGAUUCUUGUGGGAUCUGGGAUGCAGAAAAUUGCUGCUUUGGCUAGUCUGGUGGGCUACUACUGUAUUGGUCUGCCAGUGGGAAUUGCCCUGAUGUUUGUUGCAGAGCUUGGAAUAUUAGGCUGGUGGCUGGGUCUGUUAAUAUGUUCUCUAUUUGAGAUAGGUUUCUUCCUCCUUCUGAUCUUCAAACUCAACUGGAAAAAAAUCACAUAUAAGGCUCAGGUGCGAGCUGGAAAGAAAGUAGUGAUGAUAUCAAAUCAUUCUGCUGGUGUAGUAGUGCCUGACAUCUCUUACUGCCCUACAGCCCAGUUGGACUGUGAAGAAAAAGCCCCUAAAGCAGAUGUCUACAGUGCAGUCAACACCCAGGAUGAGGAGCUAAAUGUGGCCGAAGGCAACAACCCAAUUUCAGGAGGGACUGAGGGGGAUGCUGAGCAGGGAAAAAAUACUCUGAACACCAAACCUCAAGUGCUGCUUUCUGUCUCUCAGCUGAUCCUGCGCCGGGGACUCACUUUCUUGGCUUGUGUUCUUACUUUGGCCAUAGGUGUCUCCUUCUACCUUGUCUUCCCUCCACCAGAGCCCUCUGCUCAAAGUAGGGCCAACUUUACCCUGAACUGGGCCAAUAACUCUACUCCCGCACCACUGGCACCACUGGACCUGACCCCAGACCUGUGAACUAUCUUUGACCACGGAAUGUAGGCACCUACUGAAUGAGCAGAGUUCCUUGGACAAUUUGUUUACAGGGAGAAAGGUGUUAAAUUCCUUCAUACUGUAGUUGCAAAUCUUCUCAUAGACCUGUGGUUUUAUUUGCCAAAAACUAAAACCUGACAUGGGCUGUUGGCUGGUUUUUGUGUGCUGAGCAAAUCCACAGAAAGCUGGCAGCAAUAUCAAAAGAGACUGAGGCUGACAGGAAGAAUAAAAGUCUUCUUACAAAGAUCAUGUUUUAACCUGCUCAGCCUGAGAUGCUGAAAUGGGACAAGACAUUACAAAUCCCUCUGUAAGAGACCAUGUGGGCAUCAAGGAACAGAUGUUUUUCCACUGAUAGCUAAUGAUUUUAACCAAAUCUUGUUUUGCUGACUGAACUUAAAUCAUUCCCAUGUUUCAACUUUGAGCUGAGUGAAGAUAUCUGAUAUAAAAUGUACACAUAUAGGCCUACAUGUAAAUAUGUAAUACACAGUAUAACUAUAUGAGCAGUAUGUAGAUUACUGCAUUGUCUUCUUCCUGAUAUCUCAAGGAAAGAGGUGAUUAAUAUAUAACAACUGUUUGUUUUUUUUUACUGUACAUCUAGAGCUGUGAGCAUAUAAUGCACUGUGACAGAACCCUAACCAAUAAAACUAGUGUAUGACAAUAGAACUAACCCACAAGUUUCCAAGGAUUAAAAAAUUAAACCACCAAUUAUUGAGGUUCUGUUGUUGAUGCCACAGCAUUAGGCAAAUCCUUCUGGUGUGAAAAUUCUUACAAACUACUGAUUCGUGAUAACAUAAUUUAGCCACAUACACAGCUUCAGCCUUUUGGUAGAGCUCUUGUUGUUAAAUAGCAACAUCCCAACUAGACCUCAACAAAUGAUGUCAAACUCGAUACCUCAGCGAUCAGUUCAAAGGCAAUCAGCACUGAAGGCGACUUUUUCCAUCUGAGAAGAAGCAAUCACUGAUUUCUGUUACAUAAUGCAUAUGGUAGUAUCCAUACUAAUAGUAGUGGUGUAUAGUAGUACACAGGGUACACAAAGUUGGCAUAGAG